GACCCCAUUUUCUGCUUCCUAAGCUGAUAAAAAAAAUUACCCAAAAGUCAACGCAUCUGUGUCUCUAUCUCUCCCUCUCCCUCUCUCUCUGAGCUUCACCUCUGCUUCUCUUCAGUUGCUCUCUCUUUCUUUUAUCUCUAUGCUAAUGAAUUACUAUAACUUACAGUGAUUCAGUUCAUACCAAAAAAAUUCUAAUGGGAAACGGUUUUGGUAAACUGACGGCCUGUUUCACCGGAACGGGAGAUGCUCGCCGGAGAAAGGAUAUAUCGGUACUAAAUCCAUUAGACGAAGGUCUAGGUCACUCCUUUUGCUAUGUGAGACCUGACCCGGCCCGAUUAUCCUCCUCCAAAGUACACUCAGAGGAAACAACCACCUUCCGUACCAUAUCCGGUGCCUCCGUCAGCGCCAACACGUCAACGCCACUCUCCACUGCCUUCAUCGAUCCUUAUGUUUAUAACACCAUCGAUCGAGCUGCUGCUUUUGAGAGCUCAACUUCUUUUGCUUCGAUUCCUCUGCAACCAAUUCCCAGAAGUCUAUUUGGGUCCAUCAAUUCUGGCCCCUUAACAGGAAACUCGGCCCUGAUUCCUUGUUCAGGUCCGAUGGAGAGAGGAUUCUUGUCGGGUCCGAUUGAGAGAGGAUUCAUGUCAGGUCCGUUGGAUCGUGGGUUGUUCUCGGGUCCGCUGGAAAAGGGCAGUUCUGAUCAGUUUCAAAGAAGCUUUUCCCAUGGUGGUUUUGCUUUUAGAUCCAGAUCAGGAAAAAGGUCGCUGAUUCGAGUCUUACAAAGAGCAAUAUCUAAAAAGAUAACUCGUGGACAGAACUCGAUUGUAGCUCCUAUAAAAGGGGGUGUUGGUGUUGGUGUUGGUGUUGUUAAAGAACCUGAGUGGAUAUUGAGUUCAGAGAAGCAGAAUGAGUUGACAGUGAGUAGUCUUAAUUUGAGUAGCGAUGGCAGUUUAGAGGAUGAUGAUUCUUUAGAGAGUCAAAAUCUUCAAUGGGCUCAAGGGAAAGCAGGGGAGGAUAGGGUCCAUGUUGUUGUAUCAGAGGAGCAUGGUUGGGUUUUUGUUGGGAUUUAUGAUGGAUUCAAUGGCCCAGAUGCGCCUGAUUAUCUUUUAUCCAAUCUCUACUCUGCUGUGCAUAAAGAGCUUAAAGGUUUGUUGUGGGAUGAUAAGUUUGAUUCUGAUAAAAUAUCUGCCCCUGCAUCUUCCCCUGUUCAAACAGAUACUAGUAAUUCUGUUGAAAGUACUAAUUCAAGAUUGGAAAAUGUGUUACAUAACAGUGAAACUAAUGGGAAUUGCGGAAAUGAUCAAUGUUAUCGGUAUUUGGAUCGAGAUAAUCAUCCGAGUGCGAGUUGGGAAGUUGGUUUUGAUAUGAAUUUGAAGAGAAAAAAGAGCAGGAGUUCCAAAGGGAAGUAUAGAGGAGCUGCUAAAAAAUGGGAGGAGAAUCAGAGGAGAUGGAAAUGCGAAUGGGACAGGGAAAGAAUGGAACUUGAUAAGAGAUUAAAGGAGCAAUUGAAUCGAUCGGGAUCAGAUACUAGCCCAAUAAACCAUGCAGAUGUGUUGGAAGCUUUGUCUCAGGCUUUGAAGAAAACAGAGGAGUCAUAUUUGGAUAUUGCAGACAAAAUGCUAGUGGAGAAUCCGGAGCUGGCUUUAAUGGGUUCUUGUGUUCUUGUGAUGUUAAUGAAGGGCGAAGAUGUUUAUGUGAUGAAUGUGGGUGAUAGUCGAGCAGUAUUAGCACAGAAGGCAGAGCCUGAUUAUUGGCUAGGGAAGAUUAGACAGGACUUGGAAAGAAUUAAUGAGGAAACAUUGCAUGAUCUUGAAGCUUCUGAUGGUGAAAGAUCAAAUUCAAUGCCUAGUUUGACGGCCUCACAGCUGAGUGUUGAUCAUAGCACCAGUGUGGAAGAGGAAGUGCAAAGAAUAAAAAAUGAACAUCCAGAUGAUGCUUGUGCUUUGUUGAAUGACCGUGUGAAAGGUUCAUUGAAGGUUACUCGGGCAUUUGGUGCUGGUUUUCUCAAGCAGCCUAGAUGGAACGACGCACUUCUAGAGAUGUUCAGAAUUGACUACAUUGGCAAUUCCCCUUACAUAACUUGUUUACCAUCGCUCUACCACCAUAGACUCGGCCCAAAAGACAGGUUUCUGAUUUUAUCAUCCGAUGGGCUUUAUCAAUACUUAACAAAUGAAGAAGCUGUUUAUGAAGUUGAGCUUUUCAUCACAUUGCAACCCGAAGGAGAUCCAGCUCAACAUCUGGUUGAGGAAGUUCUGUUCCGUGCAGCCAAGAAAGCUGGUAUGGACUUCCACGAGUUGCUCCAAAUACCACAGGGAGAUCGAAGGCGGUACCAUGAUGAUGUUUCCAUCAUUGUUAUUUCUUUAGAGGGAAGGAUAUGGAGAUCGUGUGUAUAAUAAAGUAGAGAAAGAUACAGAUACAAGAUAUAGAGACAUCUGCGAAAAAAUCAGGCAUUUCCUUUUUGCCUUUUUUUCUUUCUUUUCUUCUUUUUUCCUGGUCACCUUUGUAACACACAUGACAAUUAAGCUCAGGGGAUUCCAUCUUGACAACUUAGCUGUGCGAUCAACUUGGGUGGUGAGGAGUGUAAAGGUGUAAAAGCUGGUUCUCUCCUUGAUUAUAAACCGUCAUAGAAAAUUGUAAUUUUCUAAAAAUAAAUGGCAUUCCUUUUGGAAAGGGUUUUGUUCCA